GUUCGAUAUGAUGUGGUAAUGCAGCUCAUCCAACCCUAUCUGUACAGAUAUCACCAUCUGGUCUGUGACAACUACUUCUCAAGCCCAGCUCUUUGUUCGGCUCUUUUUGAGGCUAACACUUACAUGACGGGCACUGUAAGGGUGUACAGAAAGGGAAUGCCCAAGUCGUUAAAGGGCUUGAAGCUACAACGAGGGGAGAUUAUUGUAAAACAAAGUGGGCCUAUUAUGGCACUAUGUUACGGAGACCGAAGAACAGUAACAUUUAUGUCCACUCUGUCUAAGCCAAAUGUUAUCACAACACAGAACGCCCGAGGAGUAGAAGUUCGCAUGCCAGCCGUCAACUAUGUGUACAACAAAAAGAUGGGUGGUGUUGACCUGUCUGACAAAAGUUUAGAAUUGUAUGACCCAGUUAUAAGGUCAAACAAAAUGUGGAAACGAAUACUCUUCAACCUUCUUCUGAGAGUUGUCUCUAAUGCCUACAUCAUAUACAGACAAAAUAGAGGUUUGCGCACUAAAAUGGACAGGAUGGACUUUCAUAUGGGUGUUUGCUUGGGCCUGAUCGGAAAAUUCGGAAAUUAA